UAAUACGAAGAAAUGCAUCGUGCGUAUUUUAACCUUGCAAAAUGCAAUAGAUGUUUCUAAAAUAUUUGGAAAUGCUAAAUCUCUUUUAUCUUAGCUACAAGUCGUUUUGAUGAAACAAAGGGAAACAGAUAUAGGUCUGAAAAUUUUUCCGUAUUGUAUAGACAUAACGAAAAUUAUGCGUUAGCACGGUAAAUUGAAUAAUGAUAUAUGAAUAAACUGUCCAGUAUGUAAAUAUUAUUUAACGUUGCUCGGAUGCAAUAACGGAAUGACUUGAAAGCGCUACAGGUAGCGCCAUAUCUGAUACAGCGAUAAAAAAUCUAUCGCCGGUAGUGAGUGUAGUGACCGGUAAAAUGCGUAUACAGUUAUUUGCCUCGCGAUAAUUUUAUACUUUCCGAUAAAUGUACUGUGCGGGUCGUUUAACGGAUCGUCAUUUGCGAACACGAUGACGCGCAUUACGUUUCUGCAUCCUGAUCUCGGUAUCGGCGGCGCCGAAAGACUGGUCGUCGACGCCGCUCUGGCUCUGAAAAAGAACGGACACGAUGUGAAUUUCGUGACAACUCAUCAUGAUCCGGACCAUUGUUUCUCAGAGACCAGAGAUGGCACAAUUCCUGUUACCGUCGUGGGCAAUUGGUUACCUAGACACAUCUUGGGCAGAUUUUACGCUUUCUGUGCCUACAUACGUAUGAUAUAUGCAGCUAGCUACAUAAUAUUUUCUGACCGACGACCAGAAGUUGUCUUCUGUGACUUGGUGUCUGUCUGCAUACCUGUUCUUCGACUGCGCAUUCCAUACAUAGUAUUUUAUUGUCAUCAUCCGGAUCAGCUGCUUUCGCAACCUGGUGGCUAUGGCAAACAGCUGUAUCGCAUGCCAUUAAAUUAUCUGGAAGAGAUUACAACUGGCAUGGCACAUAAAGUAUUUGUAAAUAGUAUUUAUACAGGUAAUGUGUUUCGAAGCACAUUCAAGAGAUUACGCAUUGAACCCGAAGUUUUGUAUCCUUCCAUCAAUACAGAUUUCUUUGAUAAGACAAGAAUAGUAUCUUUAGAGAGGGUACUCGAUAAGAAAUUACCAAAUGAUAGUAUUGUACUGUUAUCGAUCAAUAGAUAUGAGCGUAAGAAAAUGUUGUCACUUGCAAUAGAGGCUCUUGCUGAAUUAGAAAAACUAUUAACAAAAGAAGUGUAUAAAAGAGUAUAUUUGAUUAUGGCUGGUGGAUAUGACAAGAGAGUAGAGGAGAAUGUGGAGUACCACUUGGAAUUAAUAGGACUCGCGGAUGAGUUACAUGUAACAGACAAAGUGAUGUUCUUACGUUCGCCUUCUGACAUUGAUAAAGUCUCCAUACUUCAUCAUUGUAAAAUUGUAAUAUAUACACCACCGAACGAGCACUUUGGGAUAGUACCCUUAGAAGCGAUGUAUGUAGGCAAGCCGGUAAUUGCUCACAAGUCCGGCGGUCCAAUGGAAUCGAUAGUGUCUGGAGAAACUGGUUUUCUUGUCGAGACCUUAUCUGCCGAGGCCUUCGCUUCAAAAAUUUCUUUUCUUAUCACAAAUCCGGAUCGUAUCGAAGACUUUGGCAGAUCUGGUAAAGACAGAUUUCUUAAAACAUUCAGUUUUGCUGCGUUUAGUGUUCACUUGAAUAAAGCGAUAGAUGACUUAAUUACCAAAAAAACGAAAUAAUGUUAUUCAGACUAAAACGAUUCUUCUCAAUUCUUUUACAUAAUAUCAAACAUAUUUGAAAUAGCUAUUUGAUAAAAUGAUAUUAAACUACUUAAAAUUUAAAGCAUCGUUUUUUAGGGCAUAUUUAUAAUGUUAUGUUCUACAUUAAUAAAAUGUUUGAUUAGAUGUUACAUUUUAUACUGCAUUAUAACUUAAGUUUAUACGUUUAGUUUGUUUGAUUAUAUUCUAUAUAGGAAUAUAAUUUGUUAUGGUUUGUAUGUAAAUUAUUAUAUAAAUAAUUAUUAAAAAUAUAUAUACACAAUGUUCAUAUAUAUACCAAUAUUUGUAAUAUUUGACCUUGUUAAAUAUUUUAUUUUUGUCAUCUACUGUUUUAAUUAUAUCUAUUUUUGGUUUUUA